AAACCAUUUAACUGAGCACAUCUAACUUAAAUCAUUACAAAUUGUUUUGUCAUUGGCUGUUGAAUUGGUUAUUGUGGAUUCUUUAAAAAAGCACUUUAAAUAAAAUUGAAAUGGAUCCAAUAUCAAGUGCAACUACUCUCAACGUUACAGGUAAGCCCGGCGGGCCAAGCGAACCAAAUUGUUUAAUGCAAUUGGAGCAAAUACAUGAUUUGCAAAAUGUUCAAGCUAAGUUUGAUGAUCACGCAGUUAAUAUGAUGGUAUUGCGAAAUCAAGGUGGCUUAGCUGAAGUUCUCAAGCUUAAUAUGGAGCUAAAAUCUGCCAAACGUAUUGGUCGUUUGCCAUUCUUGCAAUCAAGCCACAUGAUGGAGGAUGUUAUACUUGGUCGUGACGAAGCAAUUAAUUUUGACGAUUUCAUUGGUGUUCCUGAGUUCUUCGAAUAUAAUCGAAAUCCAAUGCGAGUCAUGGAAAAAACACUUGGAAUUUAAGAAUGAAACUUAAAUAUUUAAUUAAAUCAUAAAGCAGUAAUAUAUUAAGUAUUUUUUUCUAUG